AUGCGGAAGAAUGGAUGGGAUACGCCGUUUCACGUGCUGCAGUUGGCCACGUGGAUGGUAUUUCCGGCUGUUAUGGUGCUCUUCUUCGCCUUUUAUAUUCCUGUCUUACACAAGACGCUGGCCAUUGUGCUAAGCAUCUUGUAUGCUGUCUCUUGCCUCGUUACGGUUGUAUCCGUUGUCUUGUGCACGGGAAGCGACCCAGCUGACGAUUACAUAAUCCGACCGUCGACUUUUGAUGAUGCCAGAGAAUCGCGACCAGAGAAUCGAGUCUACUGCAAUGUUUGUAUGAAACAUGUGAACGAUCAGAGCCGACACUGCCGCUUGUGUGAUAAAUGCGUAGAUGUAUUCGACCACCACUGCAAGUGGCUAAAUAACUGCGUGGGCAGGAAGAACUAUCGAUACUUUCUGAGCUCUGUCGUUGGUGCAUCGGUAUUUCUUGCCGUACAGAUCGCCGUUGGCAUUUAUCUUGUUGUGGAGUUGUAUACAAAUGAAGAAGACAUAAUGCAACGGUCAGCUACGAGUUAUGGAUGCUCUAACGACAAAGAUGAUGAUACGCAUCUUUGUGAAGACGACGAGUUUCAUAUUUCGCUACAAACGUUACGGAUUAUUCACAUUGUGCUAUUGGCGUUUCUGAGCCCUUGGCUCUUCAUGAUUGGACAGCUUGCACUAUUCCACUUUCAUCUGUGCUUGGAGAACAUCACGACCUACGACUAUAUCGUUCGACAACGCAAGCGAAGAAAUGCUCAAAUGCGGGCGAACACUGACCGUGUACCAUGGUGGAGAAAAUAUUGUGGGGGUCAAGCUUUGUCGAACGCGAGACUCCAGAAUACAAAGCCGAUUGACCAGUCUUCUGGUUCGCGUUUGUCUGCUGAAAGUAUGCGCAGCGAAGAAGAGGAACUAGCAGCAAUUGAAGCAGAAGUAGAUGACAGCUUGGACGUUUUGAGCAAUCAAAGUGGCGAGAUCCGCGAACGUGGAAGCAGUGAACGCAGUAGCAGCUCGUACCGUAAGCGGACAAGCAAUAGCGGUCCAAAACGAGGAUUUAGUCUUCAUGUCGAUCUUUCUGAAAAAAAGUCAUUGCAGACCACUGAUGGUGCAAGUGGUGUCGUGAUCACUCCUAGAUCUGAAAGCGGGGACACAAGUUACUUAGCAGCGCCAUAUUCACCCGGCACACCUGCUUCAUUAGUAUCACCACGUUCUGCAGCUGGCAGCUCGACCAACAUAGCAUCGAGCAAUCCAUCAAAUAUCAUGUACUUGUCAGUGAUUAAUCUUUUGACAGACUUCAUCUAUAUUUAUGGAACACGCACAGAAUUAGCUUUAACAUGGACUUCUCUGAAAUAA